AUGAGUGAAGGCAAAGCAAAGGAUGUACUUGAACAUUUUGUGAAGCAUACGGAAAAGUGGAAUGCUCGUAGAUCCAGUAUUGUUCGAACCACAAACAAAAAGGCAGCAAAGGUUGCACUGGUAUCUGUUGGAUUUGCUGUCGCAAGUUAUCUAUAUUCCAUUUAUGCUAUUCGGAGAAAUCGAUAUCUGGAUGAAUCAUUUGAUCAGCAACCGUCGUACAGCCCUACAAAGCAAUGA